CGAAGCAGAGGGAGGUGGAAGAGAAGAGACUGGUUACAAACAGUGAGGGACUCUUGGCUUUCAUUCUUGGCUCCCAUGGACACGGCCUAGGAGCACCGCAGGCCUCCCUGGGGAGGGCUGGAAGUUGGCAAGCUUCCUUUAUCCUCAAAACAAGUUAGAGAUGUGGCCUCUUCAAGAGCAAAUGGGACCCAAGGCUCGAGGAGUCGACGGCAUUCCUAACCAGGGGUCGCAGGAGGAAAGGACAGAGCUUUCGAGUGUAACUAACCUUCUCCUGGCCCCGCCCCCUUCCAGCCCCCUUCCCCACCCUCACCCCCCUUUACACAGGCUCACACGCUUAGUGAAGAAAACAAGCUUGGAGCCAAAGAAACAAAGAUUUUCCUGGUGAGGAGCUGGGUUUGCAGGUUAUCUGUGGUCCCUGGAGGACACUGGCUUUACUGUCACCCACGCGUGAGGAAGAUGGACAGAAGCAUGGUGAAGGGACCUCUGUAUAAGCAGUUUGACUUGGAGAGAAAGAGUGCCAGGCAAGCAGAAGCCAGACUCAGCCUUAGACUGCAAAGGCUGGAGAUCAUCUGCCUCUAUCACGUGAAAUCGCUAGCCAGGGAGCAGAGACAGCUUCAGAAAGAACUGCAGCGCCUGCAGCAAGCAGAUAUCAUCAAGAAAAGGUUCUCUUCUUAUGUGGGGCAUGAAAUUCAAAAGAGAUCGAAAGAUGUUGUCACAUUCUUGCCACCAACAGGACAGAGGCACGCAGUCCCGGAGCCUAAAAUUAGAACACUGAAAAACAGUGUUACCCAAGAAGUUAAAACUAAGAUUCCGGUGCCCUCUUUACAUGACCCUGUCCUCAAAGACACCCUGAGAAGCCAAGAGCACCUUCUAUCUCACGGUGAGAGAACCAGCUGCUUCAAAGAAGGAAGCCCACAAGGCCAGGAGGGAGAGCCCACGAAUCCACUGAAGGGCGUGGACCCCAGCAAGGAUGUCUCUGUCCCAUGUCAUGACCAAGAGCUGUCCACCAACAAGACAGAAGACAGUGGCGUGUCCAGCCAAGAUGGUGAGAGAGGGUCAGCACCUGCUAAUGAGACCAGAUCUGAAAAUGCCAGUCAAAAGCCACGUGGAGAUGCUGAUGUACAAAAUUCCCCCAGCUCCGUGGACUAUGCAGGAAGCUUCAAAGAUGAACGCACAAAGCCAUCCUUCCUAGAGCUGUUCGAAAAGGCCAAGAAUGCUCACUAUGUCCGCCACAGGGUGCCCCCCGAGUCUGAGAGAUUACUUAGCAUCGGAGAGAUAUUUGGACACAAACACUACUCACUCCCCAGAACAGGGGAAACACUGUGAAAAUGGUGCCAAGUCCCUUCCUCUCUGCCUGUGUAAUGUCGCCUGACCAGAAGAUAUUCUGUAAUCACUAUGGAAACGAGACCCUUCAAAUAGCUGCCGUAGCAACGCACAGAAACAAGCAGAAAUGCAAAAUAAGCUUUCUUUUGCAACCUCGGGGACCCUGCCCUUUUGUUUGGUCUUCCUCCUAAUAAACAAGGCCACUAUGAAGAGGAAGGAGAGGGAAAAUACUAUGAAAAUAUUUUAAGUUGCGAACCUGGGCUUAUUUUGAAGAAGAAAGUCUUGUUUGUCCGAAGCUCUGCGAUGCUUAGAGUGCCACCUGCUGGUCAAAUGGCAUAGCUAUUUGCCUAGUUUUCUUUGAGGUGGGGGGGUGGGAGGGGUGGGGAGGGUGUUGCAUGGGAACUCAACUGAAAUCACGUACGGUGACCUGGUCUCCAGAUAAAAGCUGUUCUAGCCACAGCUCUGGUCUCCUUUUGAAGCAUCUCCUCUCUUCUCCCUUUUGUUUCUCUUUCCUUCCCUCUCUCCACCCUCCCUCCCCUCCUCUCCCCUUCUCUUCCCUCCUUUCCUUACUUUCUUUCCAAACAGUUCCAUUGGGUUUCUCUUUCCCAGUUUCCACAUUAGUAUCAAACAUUUUUGGGUCCUAAUGGAACUAAUCUGUGUCCUUCCGUCUUCUCCCUACUCAAAAUAUCUUACGACCUGCUGCACACUUACAAACCUAUGCCAGAUUCAGUCAAUAACAAACCGUCUCACAGUAAAAUAAGGAUAAUUUCCAUUUUAAAGUCAUUGUUUUAAGCGAGUGUGAUGCCACAUGUUUAUAACUCCAGUAUCCCGGUAUUUGGGACGCUGAAGCAGGAGGAUUAACAGAGACUAGUGACACAGUGAAACCCUGUCAGGACAAGCUCUCUUAGGAAAACAAAGACCACUGGUUUAAGUAGGUCAGCAUAGCCUGGGUCCCACUGAAUGAACUGAGUAAAACUGGUCCCCUACCUAGAUGGCCUGAAUUUCACACUUAAAACAAAUGGUGUCAUUUGUCAUCAGAAAACAGCAGCUCACAGCUAAUCCAUUUAAAAUCCUAUUCCUCGCCUAAUAAUACACCAAAUAAAAAUUUCACGUUUAUCGUUUAUAGUGACUUCUUUAGAAAAACUAUCUUUUACUUUUAAGUCCAAGAUCAAAUAGCAACUGUUAAAUUCAAGUUUUCAACCCUAUAGCAAACUUGGAAACCAAAAGGAUAAAUUCAGGACUUAUAUAUUUGUUUUGCAAGUAUUUGUUUACUUUGAAUUAGUUUGUUUCUUUUUUCUUUUUGGUUUUUUGAUUUUUUUGAUUGAUUGAUUGAUUGAUUGAUUUUGAGACAGUGGUUAAACUUGCUGUCCCAGGUUGGCCCUGAACUCCCAGGUUCAGCAAUCCUCCUGCCUCACCCUCCUGAGAAGCUGGCAUUGUAGGCUCUUACAGUUAAGCAGACAUAUUUGUUGCAGUCUACCUUGAGGACAUCUUGAAGAACUAGAAACUAUUUAUAUCGAAAAUGAUAAAGGACCCCAUCGUCUAAUACUAAAGCUCCUAGGGGUUAAAUUAAUUCAAAUUUAAUGACAAAGUAUGAAUUAAUUGUGUUUAGUUUAAUAACACUAUUUAAUUCCCAUUUGCGAUGCCUGGUGUUUAAAUCCAUAACUCAUAAUAGCUCCCAUUUUCCAGCAUCUCCUGCUGUCCAGAGCUUCCCACACAGCAUCCCAGUUGUCCUCAGAACUCUGCAAAUGGUUUUUCUUUCAGUCUUCAUUAGAUAAACAGAGCCAGGCAGAAAAUGUCCUCUGAGUCAGGUCUGCACACUGCCCUCUGUCACACUCCCUCUAUCUACUGUGCUACCUCUUGGAAAAAUCAGUUUUUUAGCCCAGCCUUUGGCCUUCAAUGGCAAGGCAAUAGUUUAUAGUAGAAAUAGCAUUUUUUUUCUUUUAGUGUGUCCUUUAAUGGGGAAGGCAGGUCAGGGGCAAAGGUCAAUGGUUCACAAGUUGUUUACACUAGUCAUGAAGGCAGGGGCUCCUAGAACAGAGAACCACCUUUGCAAAAUGCCCAAGGACUGGGGAGAGAUCUGCUCACAAAUCUCCACUCCCUGGUGGAAAGGGAGCUUUCUCCUUCACUGUAUUACCCUAAUGUCUUCUGUGUGGAGGGCAUCUACUCUUUGCCUGGAGGUAGAGGCGUUUGGACACUCACAGAGGUGGCGACUGAGCCCCUCUCGACCGGCCCUAAGCUGUAACACAGAAACUCCAUCAGUUCUGCAAGGAAAUUUUAAAGUGGAUCAAGAACAACAUGAGGUGGCAUCGAUGACUCAGUAAGGAGCUUGCUGUCCAAGCACAGAGACCUGAGGGCAGAUCUGUCAUCUACAUAAAAGCUUGGUGUAACCAAACAUACCUGUAAUCCUAGCUCUGUGGGGAACGGGAUGCAGGGCACAGAAACGGAUCCCAGGGCUAACUGGUCGUCUGGUCUGCCAGAAAUAGCACUGGGCAUUAACUUCUGGCUUUCACAUCCUCCUGCAUGAGGCAAGUCUGCACACAGGUGACACCCAAUGAGAGAAUCUGUACAAAAUAAAAGCAUUUACAGCAAAAAGUAAGGAGUACCAGGGCAAUUGUAAAGGAAACUGGAAAUCAUGGGAGAAAAUGGGAACCAUUCUGGUUCCCCCUCACCAAGCUGAGACAGUUCAGUUCCUGAGGCAGAGAGGCGCACGCUGAGCCGCAGUCAUUAUCAAGACCGCAAGACUUAUCAGCAGAUCAAGGCUGAGGCCAGCCUGGUCCAUGUGAGGCCCUGUCCCAAGAAAGCCCCUUGAUGAAAUUUUUUGUAAAAAGACAUAUUUAGUACAGAAUCUUCAUCUCACUUAUGGCUAGAAUAUGGAUCACUUGCGAUUGCUAGGAAGAAAGGUUUCACCUGAUCAGGCAUAACGUGAAACACCCCCCAGAUGUCUCCACUUCCCCACCACUACUGUGAACAGGUCGCUGUUACAUUCCCUAAUAAUGGCCAUCAAUUACAGUAUAAAUUAACUUCAAUAUCAUCAGUCAUGCUAUUUUGAA